AUGCAAAGUGUGCUCAUUCCGCCCCUUACGUCAUUAUUUGCGUUUUUGAUGAUCAUCACGGUAGCACUGUUGGUCAGGUCGGAUGCAGAAGAUUCGAAUUAUGCGGUGGAGAUGGAAUCAGGCGAGACGGAAUCAGACGAGAUGGCAUCAGGCGAGAUGGAAUUGGACGAGAUGGCAUCAGGCAAGAUGGCAUCAGGCGAGAUGGAAUUGGACGGGAUGGAAUUGGACGAGAUGGCAUCAGGGGAGAUGGAAUUGGGCGAGGUAGAAUUGCACACGGACGACCCAAUGGAUGCGAACGACAAUAAUCUCGACUAUUCUGAAGCGACGUCGAAUAAAAUUUCCGCAAGUAGCGGAUUCAUGCCCGAUUUUAUUCUGUGGCGUCCCAAUGAUAUAAUGCCGCCUGGAGGAAUACGACAGCGG